AUGAAUCUUUUCAGGUCGUUCGUCAUCGAGCGACUAACUGCAGCAGCUGAGGAGAUAUUAGGAGCUUUCGAGAGGACGAUAGAGGAGCACGAGGAAGAGAUUGAUCGACAGAGGAGACUGCUGGACAUCAUCCUGAAGCCCAGUGUGACCUUACACAGAACAGACUUUGUACAGUUAUCUGAUCAGCAGCAUGAUCAGCCUCUGCCCCCGCAACUCUACGAAACCCAGACAGAGGGAGACACAGAGCCCCCAGCUGUCACCUCAUUUGAACUGAAACAACUGGAAGCCAAAGAAGACAACUUUUUAAUAACAGAACCAACAAGGGACCACCAAACCCUCUCUAACUGCUGUAAUGUAACUAAGAGUGAAGCUGACCAUACUUGCAGUCACCAAAACUGUGAGGUGGCAGGUUCAUCUCAGAGAGCGAGACUGAAAUCUUACAAAAAGCCCUACAACAAGUGCAAGAUUUGUGGGAAAGUUCUUUAUAAUUUGGAAAUUUUUAAAAUUCACAUGACAUUUCACACAGGGGAAAAGCCUUUCAAAUGCACCACUUGUGGGAGAGAUUUUACCUGGAAGUAUGACAUGGAGAGGCAUACAAGGACUCAUGCAGGGGAGAAGCCAGUCAGAUGCGCCACAAGUGGGAACAUGUUUACCCCAAAGUCAGAUUUAAAAAGGCAUGUAAGGACUCAUACAGGGGAGAAGCCAUUCACAUGUGCCACUUGUGGGAAAAUGUUUACCCGUAAGUCAAAUUUACAAAGGCAUGUAAUGGCUCAUACAGGGGAGAAGCCAUUCACAUGCACCAUGUGUGGGAAAAUGUUUGCCCGCAAGUCACAUUUACAAACACACAUAAGGACUCAUACAGGGGAGAAGCCAUUCACAUGUGCCACAUGUGGGAAAAUGUUUACCCUCAAGUCAGAUUUACAAAGGCAUGUAAGGACUCAUACAGGGGAGAAGCCAUUCACAUGCACCACAUGUGGGAAAAUGUUUACCCUCAAGUCACAUUUACAAACACACAUAAGGACUCAUACAGGGGAGAAGCCAUUCACAUGCACCACAUGUGGGAAAAUGUUUACCCACAAGUCAGAUUUAAAAAAGCAUGUAAGGACUCAUACAGGGGAGAAGCCAUUCACAUGCGCCACAUGUGGGAAAAUGUUUACCUGCAAGUCACAUUUACAAACACACAUAAGGACUCAUACAGGGGAGAAGCCAUUCACAUGCGCCACGUGUGGGAAAAUGUUUACCCAGAAGUCAUAUUUACAAAGGCAUGUAAGGACUCAUACAGGGGAGAAGCCAUUCACAUGCGCCACAUGUGGGAAAAUGUUUGCCCACAAGUCAGAUUUAAAAAUGCAUGUAAGGAUUCAUACAGGGGAGAAGCCAUACAAAUGCAUCACAUGUGGGAAAUUGUUUACCCGGAAGCCAUAUUUACAAACACACAUAAGGACUCAUACAGGGGAGAAGCCAUUCAGAUGCACCACCUGUGGGAAAUUGUUUUCCCAGAAGACAAAUUUACAAACACACAUGAGGAUUCAUACAGGGGAGAAGCCAUUCAGAUGCACCACAUGUGGGAAAAUGUUUACCCAGAACUCAAAAUGGCAUCUCAAACAACAUGCCAUGAUCCAUACUGGUGAGAGGCCUCACAGGUCACUGUGA